GCCAACCACGCCCCGCGCGCCGUGCGUGACGGCGCUUCCGGCUGGGGACGUGGCUCGGCGCCGCCAUCUUGUGCGGCUGCCCGAGGGACGCGGAGGGACCGAGCGCCGAGCCCCGCGCCGCCGCCGCCGCCAUGGUGCUGUUGGCAGCAGCCGUGUGCACGAAGGCAGGAAAGGCCAUCGUGUCCCGGCAGUUCGUGGAGAUGACGCGCACCCGCAUCGAGGGGCUGCUGGCGGCGUUCCCCAAGCUCAUGAACACGGGGAAGCAGCACACGUUUGUGGAGACGGAGAGCGUGCGGUACGUCUAUCAGCCCAUGGAGAAGCUCUACAUGGUGCUGAUCACCACCAAGAACAGCAACAUCCUGGAAGACCUGGAAACACUCCGACUCUUUUCCAGAGUGAUCCCUGAAUAUUGUCGAGCUCUGGAGGAGAACGAGAUCUCUGAGCACUGCUUUGACCUGAUUUUUGCCUUUGAUGAGAUUGUUGCCCUGGGCUACCGUGAGAACGUCAAUCUGGCCCAAAUUCGGACCUUCACUGAGAUGGAGUCGCACGACGAGAAGGUGUUCCGAGCAGUCCGAGAGACUCAGGAGCGCGAAGCAAAAGCUGAGAUGCGCCGUAAAGCCAAGGAGCUGCAGCAAGCCCGGAGGGAUGCAGAGAGGCAGGGCAAGAAGGCGCCUGGGUUCGGGGGCUUUGGGAGCGUGGCCGUGUCCGGGGGCACGACGGCGACCAUGAUCACGGAGACCAUUAUUGAGACAGAGAAGCCCAAAGUGGCUCCAGCGCCUGCCAGGCCCUCGGGUCCCAGUAAAGCCUUGAAACUUGGCGCUAAGGGGAAGGAGGUGGACAACUUCGUAGACAAGCUGAAAUCGGAGGGAGAAAAUAUCCUGACUGCUGUAGGGAAGCGCUCCACAGAAGCAGCCAAAGUUCUUGCUCCUCCUGUUAACAUGGAGAGCGUGCACAUGAAAAUAGAGGAGAAAAUCUCCCUGACUUGCGGCCGUGAUGGAGGGUUGCAGAGCAUGGAGCUGCACGGCAUGAUCAUGCUGCACAUUGCCGAUGAGAAGUUUGCACGGAUUCGCCUGCAUGUGGAAAAUGAGGACAAGAGGGGAGUGCAGCUACAGACUCACCCAAAUGUGGACAAGAAGCUCUUCACUACAGAAUCGCAGAUUGGCUUGAAGAACCCAGAGAAGUCAUUCCCUAUUAACAGCGACGUGGGGGUGCUGAAGUGGAGGUUGCAGACCACGGAGGAGUCCUUCAUUCCAUUGACAAUUAACUGCUGGCCAUCAGAAAGCGGCAGCAGUUGUGAUGUUAACAUUGAAUACGAGUUGCAAGAGGAGAGCCUGGAGCUGAACGAUGUGAUCAUCACCAUCCCCUUGCCGUCUGGUGUCGGCGCUCCAGUGAUCGGGGAGAUUGACGGUGAGUAUCGCCACGACAGCCGGAGAAACCUCCUUGAGUGGUGCCUGCCAGUGAUAGAUGCCAAAAACAAGAGCGGCAGCCUGGAGUUCAGCAUAGCAGGGCAGCCAAAUGACUUCUUCCCAGUGCAAGUCUCCUUCAUCUCCAAAAAGAACUAUUGCAACAUACAGGUUACCAAAGUGACCCUGGUGGACGGGAACAGCCCUGUCAGGUUUUCUACUGAGACCACCUUCCUGGUGGACAAGUACGAGGUGCUGUAACGCGCCGCAGCGCAGGCAGCUUUUUUAAAUCUAAGAAAAAAAGAAAAAGAAAAAAAAAAAGAGGCCGCAGUUGAUUGUGAAUGUUGGGAAUGUGGGAAUGCCGCAGCCCCCCGCGGAGGAAGACGCGUGGCUCUGCCGCCUGCCGCGCUCCCAGGGCACGGACACUUUUGGCAGAGAUUUGACGUGCUCACAGGGGGAAAGGCUACCAAUUUCUUUGGCAGAUUUUCCCCGGCCGGCAGGAAAGCGCCACCUCCACCGC